CCCGUCUACCUCUCUCCUUGGUCCUGGAAUAGCGCUACCGAUCACAAAGUAGCCCUAAGACAUAAUAAACCCUCAACUGCUCCGUAGUUUUUCUUAUGAAAGCCAAGUAAAGGGGACGUAAGCAAAAAAAUAUUUUUUUUGCGUGAAGGAUUCCAAAAAUAAAAUUCUCUGGGGAUUGAGAAGAAAGAAAAAAAGGAAAAUGCCAGCUGAUAUAAUGGAGAAAAAUUCCUCGUCCCCGGUGGCUGCUACCCCAGCCAGUGUCAACACGACACCGGACAAACCAAAGACAGCCUCUGAGCACAGAAAGUCAUCAAAGCCUAUCAUGGAGAAGAGGCGCCGGGCAAGAAUAAAUGAAAGUUUGAGCCAACUGAAAACACUGAUUUUGGAUGCACUUAAGAAAGAUAGCUCCCGGCAUUCCAAGCUGGAGAAGGCAGACAUUCUGGAAAUGACAGUGAAGCACCUCCGGAACCUGCAGCGGGCGCAGAUGACCGCCGCUCUCAGCACAGACCCGAGCGUGUUGGGGAAGUACCGCGCCGGCUUCAGCGAGUGCAUGAACGAGGUGACCCGCUUCCUGUCCACGUGUGAGGGCGUUAACACCGAGGUGCGCACUCGGCUGCUGGGCCACCUGGCCAACUGCAUGACCCAGAUCAACGCCAUGACCUACCCCGGGCAGGCGCACCCCGCCUUGCAGGCGCCGCCGCCGCCGCCCCCGUCAGGACCUGGCGGUCCCCAGCACGCGCCAUUCGCGCCGCCGCCGCCGCUUGUGCCCAUCCCCGGGGGCGCGGCGCCCCCUCCCGGCAGCGCACCCUGCAAGUUGGGCAGCCAGGCUGGAGAGGCUGCCAAGGUUUUUGGCGGCUUCCAAGUGGUGCCGGCUCCUGACGGCCAAUUUGCUUUCCUCAUCCCCAAUGGGGCCUUCGCCCACAGCGGCCCGGUCAUCCCGGUCUACACCAGCAACAGCGGGACCUCGGUGGGUCCUAACGCAGUGUCGCCUUCCAGCGGCUCCUCGCUCACUGCGGACUCCAUGUGGAGGCCGUGGCGGAACUGAGGGGCUCAGGCCACUGCUAAUCAUAAACUCCCUAGCCCACCUCUCUCUUCUGACGGACACUAAAUACGAACUUGGACUUUAGGAGAGACUUUUAUAAGUCGGUGGUUACUUUGUUGCUUUUUUAAAUUCUAAAAAGUUACUUUUUGUAGAGAGCUGUAUUAAGUGACUGACCAUGCACUGCAUUUGUAUAUAUUUUAUAUGUUCAUAUUGGAUUGCGCCUUUGUAUUAUAAAAGUUGAGAUGACAUUUCGUUUUUUACACGAGAUUUCUUUUUUUAUGUGAUGCCAAAGAUGUUUGAAAAAUGCUCUUAAAAUAUCUUCCUUUGGGGAAGUUUAUUUGAGAAAAUAUAAUAAAAGAGUGAAGGCUUUUA